UGUAUUACGACUUCUUGACAAGAACGAGAGUAGUGCAAAUUACAAGUAGAGCACUGCGAAUUACAAGCAGGGCCUAGCUCUGAACAAGUAGUGCAAUUACUCUCCGAAAUAUACGAGCUAUGAAGAUUAAGAUCCUUAUUUAUAUCAGUUACUACAAGUUCAAGCUCUCAAAAUUUUCACAGGGACCGAAAAGGAUGGUCGUCGUGAUCACAUUCAUUACUGUUUUUGGUUACAGGGAGGUCUCUUUGUUGAGUAAUUUGAAAAUCGUUGGACAGCUCUUUUGUUCUUUCCCAAACAGGCAUGCGCUUUUUCCGAGUUGUGAAGUCCCUCCCAUUGUAAAUGGAUAUAGUCCACCCUUUUUUUAUUGGUUCUUCCGAAGCAAGACUCAGGCUGACUUAGUUUAGUUUGUCCCUCCACUUAUACUUCAAAUUCGACAUGAAGAACAUGAUUAGCAACCUCGUGUUAGUAUUUCUUUUGAGCAAGAAUGUGCUAUCGGUAGCUUGACACACGACGCCAUAUGUUGCGAAUAAAAUGUUCCGAAGUAGGUACUUGUUGCACAUCUUUUUCAAGUGAAUGCUCUAUGCUUUGUAAGUACUUCCUUGCUUGAAAAGUGAACCAUCUCUACGAAAAUGCGCGAUACCGAGACGGAGCACCACGUGUUAGGGGGCGAGGCAGCCCUCUCGCCAAGCACCGGGUAUUAUACGGUGGAAACGGAAGCGAAUUUCGGCGGUAUUAUUUCCGAUCUGGUAGCGACGCUGAGCGGUGGAGCACUUGGAGGAGACGAGCUCAGUGUUGGUAGUACAAGAGAAUAUAGUACAUCGGUAACGACGGGUCACCAAUCGAAGCGUAACUGGCGAGACCGAAGCAGUUGGGGUGUCGAAUAUACUCUGAGCAGUAGCAGGGAUAGACCUGAUACUGUUCCAGUACAGUCGUCUGCGGAAGGCCCGGCUGUCCCGGAAGCAGGCGACAAUGCUGUGCAAUUGGCAGAAAUUGGCCGAGACAAUCAACAGGUGGCGCAGGUUGAGGUCAUUGACGAGGCUAUUCUUGAUAGAGGUUCAUCUUCUGCAGAUGACCGUACAACAACUCUACUUGGUACAACUACUGUUAGUAGGCCAACAUCAUCUCCUGCAAGAACAUCAGGUGGUGAGCAGAAACCUCUUGAGCAGAAGUCGCUUGCGGAGCUUGCACUAGCACAUCCUCUGACUCCAGCUUCCUCGAGCACGUCUCAGAGGGUCGGAUUUCCGACGAUAUCGACAGGUAGUCCUCCACCUUGCACGGCUUCAGCAGCAAUUUUUCGACCAUGGGACGAGGGCCACGGGUGCGUCGCGCAUUGCGCGUCGGAGUUUUCGUUACCCAUAGCUCUCUUGCUGCUCGCGAUCGGCCGCUUGUGGGUGCGUCGGAAGCGCGAUCGCUUCUUGCUACGCAUCAGAGAUCGCGAAAAUCUUCAUUACUACCAGGUCUUUGCGCUCCUUCAAAUUGUCUUGUUGCUCCCGCUGCUGUCGGGGUCGGCGCUUGGGCCAGUACUGGACGACCAGGAUGCCGUGAUUGGAGGAGGCGUCGGUCUUUUCGCGGUCUUAGCGUAUACGCUAUUCUUCCUGAUUUCCUUCGUACUAACGCAGCGUGCUGCAGCGAGCACGUUUCUGUGGGGUUUAGCGUGUGCAGCACGAUUUGCCCUACUUAAUCGCUCCUUAGCCGCGGCCUGGCAGCUGAGCACCGAGUCGUCGAUUUUCUCCGCACUAUCGGUUCUGCAGCUUUUGCAGUUAUCCGGGGAUUUCGUAGCCUCAAUUCAGGCUCUCGCAACCUUUGGCCUCUUGCUCGGAACGAAGCUAGGACUCCUUGCCGGCCGUCGCACGCGCACAGCCUCCUUAGCACAGCUGUUGCUGGAGUCGGGUCAGAACGCCACAGACCUCCACUCGCUAGCUGAAUUGGAAAAGGAGCUAACCAACAGGAUCGAUUCUAACCUGUCUCCGGAGGAAGAAGCGGGACUCUUCGGCAGAAUCUCCUUCAACUGGUUCACACCAGUCGUGCGGUUUUGCUACGCGAAACAGCAACAAGGAGAACAACUGCAAAUGGAACAGGUACUAAGGCUUGGUUGAAAGUGAGACUGAAGAAGGUUCUAAGACUUAGUUGAAAGUGAGAGCAGGUACUAAGACAAGUGAUGCGACUUUUACAAGAACUUGUUGUCAGGAUAAUGACAUGAUAUAAUACACCAAUCUUUUUCAUGUCUUUUCAACGCAAACUCCUCUCUUUUUAGAAGUUCACAAACAUUUUUGUUAUUCUCUCAAGCCAAAAAUGUUGAACAUGAUUCACUUAUUACACCAGGUCCCGCCACUCCCUGCAGAGGAUUUGUGCCAUGUGCAUUACCUGCGGUUAAAGCGCGAGUGGGAGAAGGAGCUGCGAGAGUAUGGCGCCAAUGGCUCGUUAACGCACGCGCUAACGCGCACGUUUGCCACAGAGGCGCUCUUCGGCUGGCAGGGUGUGUUGAAGUUGGUUUCGGACUUGAUGCAUUUCCUAAAUCCGUUCUUACUGAACACGCUGUUGAAGUAUCUGCAGGACGAUUCGACGAAGAACGACAGUCUCAAGGGCUGGCUGCUGGCUGUGGCGAUGUGCUUGACGUCCCUGUGGCAGGCGAUCUGCUUGACGCACUACUUCCAGAUCGGCUACCGGUGCGCGAUGCACGUGCGGUCUGCGCUGAUUAUGCUCGUCUUUCAGAAGAGUCUCAAGCUCGUUCCCGGAGCAUUUGCUGACGAGAAAGAAGCAUCAGCCGGAGGAGGGAGUACCUCUGUGAGCGGACCGGCGCAACAAGUGACCGCAGCUCAGCUAGGGAGCGGUCCGCGGUCGAGCUGGGUGCAGAAGCUUCUAGCGGCAUUUCUGCCGGAAAAGCCGGGGAAAUCGGACUACGAGGGCAGUGUAGGGCAGAUUAUGAACUUAGUCACUGCCGACACGGAUCGUUUUAGUCUGCUGAUGCCGUAUUUGAACUUGCUGUGGAGUGCGCCACUGCAACUUUUCCUCUGCUUUUUCUUCCUCGCGUACUACGUCGGCUGGGCCACAAUAGGCGGGCUCAUCGUGAUGGGCAUCUCGUUCGUGAUCAGUAGCCAGGUGCAGCAGCGGGCACAGGCACUGCAGCGUGACGUCAUGAAGGCCAAGGACGAACGCCUCAAGAUCCAGAACGAACUUCUGAACGCGAUCAAGAUGGUGAAAAUCUACGGUUGGGAGUUCCAGUUGCGCGACCGCGUCAGGGAGAUCCGCGAUCGAGAGCUCUUCCUGCAGAAACGGGUCCGGCAGUGGAGCGGCAUCCAGUGGCUCCAGUUCACGAUUGCGCCAGGAUUCGUCGGCGCAGCGACUUUCUACAUCCACUGCAUCGUCUUUGGCCGCGAACUAGACCCCGCAACGGCGUUCACCUCGCUCGCCCUCUUCAGUGUGAUUGGGUUCCCGCUGGGGGUACUGCCGAUGCUUCUGCAGUGGCUGAUCCAGUCGCAGGUGGCAGUGAUCCGGCUAGAGGCCUUUUUGAAGAAGCCAGAAGUACAGGGCACUGUGGGAGCGGACAGUCCUGCUCAACAGACGACGAAUUCUCUUUCUCCUGGUGCACUUGGCGGAGGCGAAGGAGGAGGAGCAAGAACAUCAUUUCCUGAAGGAACAGGCUUGACGCAUGUGCCUGCACUUGCGCAGACUACCCAGACGGGGGUCGACGAAGACUAUGCGAGCACACCGGUUAGGAGUCCGCGAGCGACCCGAACAGCCGGCUCCCUGAGUAUCCCGGUGAGUCCGCGUAAUGCUGCAGUGACGAAGAGACGAGAGGCACUGUUGCAGAGAAGCUUGCUGUUGAGUACCGCAAACGAGCAAAAACGAGAGGACCCUUUGUUUCGCAUGGACCACGCCGAAGCGGAGGGCGCUUUGUUGCCUGGCGGACCGUACCCAGUGGCGCGAAACAACGAGACGGAACUCGCCAGUUCGGCCGACCUGUCACCACGGUCCGUCGCCAGUACGGCAAGCACGGCUGCGGGCUCAACAGUUGCUCCUGCUAAUCCUCGCAACCAAGCUACCAACGCUCCAGCGAAAACCAUAAAACUACCAGCAGUCGAAGCCUCUCAUCCUACAGGAAUCCUGUUGUCACCGCCUUCUCAGGCUUUUGGACCAGUAGCGGUUGAAUACGAGUGGAAUUCGCUCACAUGGCCGAACGGCGUCAAAUUCCUCGAAAAUCCUGCUGCUACGGUCGCUACAUCGAAAGUAGAUGUCCGCAAUGGCAAUGUUGCUACUACUAUAGCAUCAUCAAAAGGACCUCAAGAGGGAAAGUUCCACUUUCGUAUGGGAGAGCUAAUCGCAGUGGUGGGUCCCACAGGAGCCGGGAAGACGGGUUUCAUAACGGGUUUACUUGGAGAACUCUCAAACGGUUCGGGUGUGGAGAAGAAUGUGAUUCGAGGUCGUGGCGUGCGCUACUGCGCACAGGCGCCGUGGGUGUGCAAUAAGACCUUGCGAGAAAAUGUGACGUGGGGAGCUGCUUCUUCUUCUUCUUCUUCAGGGGCGGUUGCCAAUAAAGACACUGGUGCGGACGCGGCUACUGAGCGCAACUAUCAAGAUACGCUGUUUUGUUCCGCGUUAUUGCCGGAUUUGGAUGUGUUGCCAGACGGGGACGACACCCAAAUAGGCGACCGAGGGGUGACGCUUUCCGGCGGGCAGAAGGCUAGGGUCGCAAUCGCGCGUGCCAUCUACGACGUGAACGACGCAGACGUGUUCAUCUUCGACGACGUGCUUUCGGCGGUAGAUUCGCACGUAGCGGCGCACUUGCGGACAGAGGUCUUCCGGGGUCGCUUGCGGCCAAAGUGCGUGCUGUUGGCGACGCACGACGAGAAUACGGUGCGUUUGGCAGAUCGCAUCGUCCACAUCGGACGCCCGAAAGCAGUUGUGGCUGCUGCUGACGCACCGGGUAAUACGAUGCCGUACAGUGGUGCGAACGGCAGUGCGAACGGCAGUGAACCAGCUACGAGCGGUGCGAUGCCGCAGUUGGUCGCCGAAGCGCGGAUCUUCGACAGCUACGAAGCCUACCGUGCUGCGGUGCCGCAGGACAGCUCCGAGUCAAACGAGGACUCAGACGAGGCGAGCAGUGACGAGGGGGUCGACGACGGGGAGACGGCACUGCAGCUGGGUCCAGCGGUGACCCGCGGCCUCAGCAACGCGUCCUCCGGUGGCAGCCACCGCGCGAAGUCUCGGACGAAAAGCAAUGAAAGUGCUGGCAAGGGGAAGGACGCAGGUGCAAGCCCGAAGGAGACAACGACUAAGUCUCCAAAUGGGACUAGUGUUGGAGAGAACACUAAAGCUGGUGGUGGUGUACAACCAGGCUCCUCUAAAUCGGCAGCGGCGCCGAGCAAGGAGGAAGAACGCGAAAAGGGCUCCGUCUCCUUCGAUUGCUACGUCUAUUAUCUCCGCGCAAUGGGAGGGUGGAAGUGGAUUACGAUGUACUUCAUCGCGCUGGUCUGUUCCGAAUCUUCCACAGUGUUGAGUAAUACUUGGAUCGGGCACUGGAGCGACUCCGUAGGGCAAAUGAGCAGCGCUUCUGGUCUUUCGGUUUAUUGCGGCAUUUUGAUUUGCGGUACGUUCUUUCUCUUCUGCUUCAUCGUAUAUCGCGUCAUCAUGGGCCAGAACGCAGCUCGGAAACUCCAUAUGGACUGCCAGACUGCAGUACUCAGAGCGAAAAUGAGCUGGCUAGACGUUACGCCAGUAGGGCGAAUCUUAAAUCGCUUUGCGGAAGAUACCGUGAUCAUCGAUAACAACUUGGCGACUACUGUGUCCUUGAAUUGCCAGUGGCUCUAUCGACUUACCGCCAUCUUCGUGCUCGCAAGCAGAGUUAGCCUAUGGACCCUGGCACUCUUUGUCCCAAUUUGGAUGCUAUUCUUGCAGACGCAAAGGUAUUAUAAACAUCUAGGACAGCCCUCCACUUUCAUAUUUUACUGUUUCGUGGCGACGUAGAAACAAGGAAGUGUGAUGAAGAUGAUAUUCCAAUAGCGGUAUAUGAAACAGUUGAUUUGAAAGAUGGCUUAUACUUAAUCGUUAAAUUUAACAACACAUCAACAUCAACAGGUUCUACAUCCCUUCUGCACGCGACUUGCGAAGACUGGAUACGGUGAAUAAGAGCCCGAUUUUCUCUCAUUUCGCGGAGACGCUGAUCGGCCUCUCCACGAUUCGCGUACAUCGCCUCGAAAAGGUCGCGUCUAAGCUUAAUGUCGAGAAGCUGCAGCGCCAGUUGCAAGUGUAUUUUCUGGCGAAUUGUGCCAAUCGUUGGCUGUCUUUGCGCAUGCAGUUGACUGGCACGAUGUUGGUCAGCGGCGUGUGCUUUUUCGCAAUCGCUAUGCGGUCCUACCUAGUUGCUGGCGUAGUCGGCCUCGCAAUCAUGUACUCCCUGAAAUUGACCGAUACCUUGAACGCGUUGAACCGCGAGUCCGCAGACCUGGAAACGCAGAUGAUAUCGGUCGAACGUCUCCGCCAAUACGUGGAGCAAGUGCCGUCCGAAGCGCCACUGGAAACGGAGGAGGACUCGUCAAUAGUCCUCAACGGUCCGGGAGGCAGUGAGCAGAGCUGGCCGUCGGCUGGACGUGUGGAGUUCCAGAACGUUUCCUUGCGGUACCGCGACGAGCUGCCCUUAGUUUUGCGAAACGUGACGUUGUCAGUGCCAGCUGGCACAUCUCUCGGCAUUUGCGGUCGAACCGGUAGUGGCAAGAGCUCUCUUUUGCUGUCGUUGAUGCGCAUGGUGGAGCCUGUGGCGCCGGACUCGGUGCAGAAGAUCGAUGGCCGCGACAUCUCACGACUGGGACUGCACUACCUGCGCAAGAGCCUGAUGAUCAUCCCGCAGGACCCGGUGAUUUUCAGCGGGACAGUCAGGUUCAAUUUGGACCCAUUCAAGGAGUCCUCGGAUGAGGAGAUGCUUUCGGCACUGGAACUAGCGCAGUUAACCAGCAAACUAGGGACAAAUCUAGACGCCGAAGUAGCGGAAGGGGGCGGCAAUUUCUCACACGGUGAGAAGCAGUUGUUGGCGCUGGCAAGAGCGAUCUUGCGGUAUUCUUAUUGUGAAUUUGAAUGUUCUUUCGUGUGUACUUAUGCAAUUUCAAUAAUUAUAUAGCCAACGUAGUCUUCUACUUGUUGUUCUUUCUACAAGUAUUCACUCUCGAUACAUGAUCUCAAUGUGAUUCCAAUUUGUGCCAAUUUCACUCUUUGAACUUCUUCGUUUGAAGAUGUAACAAACUUUAACUCAAUUCCAUCUCCACAGGAAGCCGAAGGGCGGCAACGGUUUUCAUGGCAUUUUGUUGCUGGAUGAGGCUACGUCAGCCUUGGACCCCGAGUUGGACCGAACGAUUCAGAGUGUCCUUCGUUCACACUUCGCUCGCAGCACUAUUGUUACGAUUGCACACCGCAUCAGCACGAUUCUGGACUAUGAUGCAGUGGCGGUGCUCGAGAACGGACGGGUGGUCGAAUACGGUGAACCGAAGAAACUGCUGCGAAAAGGAACUGCGAGCGGCAAAUUUGCAGCAUUAGCAGCCGGCGCAACAGGAUCCGGAUCCACGACAGCGUCGUCAGGAGCUUUGAGCACACUGGGCUGAUGCGCUAGAUUUAAGGAAUUUGAGAUAUUGACCAGCGAACAAAAGUUAUGAAAUCCCUAUGACUACCACGUUCUCGCACAACCAAAAAUUUUUAAUUCGAAAAAUUUAACGACAGGGAUCCGAAAUUAAAAGUUAGUAUGAUUAACACAGAUCGAUACCUUUCAUCUCCUCCCAGUGCAUUUGUAAUCCACCUUAACCCGCCCAGCGGCAAAUAGCGACAAAUGAAACACUCAUCUUAGACUUUCUUUCAGCUGAUUGUGGUUUUUUUUCAGCACCGGUUUCGACUUACCGAUAGUCCCUGUGCUGAUAAUAUAUCACUACGAUAGUCUAAACAUUGAAAUUCAAAUUUCACUCCGAGAUCCCCUUCCAGCGAAAUCUAGUGACGCAGGUUCUUCGUUCUAUUUUUCAACUAUAUCAGCUAAACUACGUCUACGACUAGAUGAACAAAAUCGUCAGUGCUUAUUUAAGUAAUUUGUAGUUCACGACAUCAAUAGAAAUACUGUGGCAUACAAGAAUUACUGUGAAAGCAGAAAAGAAAUACUGGGGCAUACAAGAGUUACUGUGAAAGCAGUCGGUGUGAGUGGUCAUCGAAGAAGCAGGUCUCUUCGCAAGGGGGUAAAAAAAUCUGUGCCAACAUUGUCGAGUUUUUUUGUCUGUGCAUAACGAUUGUUCGAAAGUACUGAAGACGUAACACGGUAGUUAACGGUGAACCUGUGGCUGCGUAUACGGGUCCACAGAUAGUGGACCCAGCCACAGGUUCACCGUUAACUUCACUCAAGUGAUUUUUAAUCACUUGAGUGAACUCAUCCAAUUGGUGAGUCGCUAUCACUCACUACAGUACUUCAUCAUUUGUUGUGGCAUAAGUGUCAACUGUGGUAAUAAAAGUGAUUUGCGUUCUUGAAUGUUUGUAUCUAGCGUUUCCUCAAUGCAAAUCAUGGGCAUGCGUCGCUAUAUCUCAUUUUCUUAGAAUGGUACUAAAGACUUUGUGUGCAGAAUACCUAUGUUGUGGACUGUUACAUGUUGACCGCUUUAAGAAUGAUGAAACUCCGCGCAGGUGAAGACUGUGUGGCACAAGCUUCAAAAA